GAAAUGGCUAAAGAAACGAUUCACAGCGGUCAUUUCAUGACAUCAAAUCCUCAUACGGAUGAGUUAAUUCUUUGCGACGAUGAACCUGUUGAGCGACGAUUAUUAAGAAUUUUUAUUUCGCAGGAAGAUAAGCCUGUAACAUUUUUUAAAUUUGGUCCGAAACAAACUAAAUCAAUUGCAAUCGAUGUUUCACUUCAUAAACUUAAUAAAUGCAUCAAAGUUGCAUACAACAAAAUGACAACUCCAAAGUGGAAAAAUUUUCAAGGAUUCAAAUUAAGAAGAAAACAGCAAAUUCGCCUUAAUAAUGUCAUUUGGCGGGCUUAUUACAUGCAAUUUCGAGGGAUGGCAGAUGUUAUGCAACCAGCUUUGGUAUCUCUUCAACCAAGUAUACCGGAUAUUAUGGCAUCUUUUGGUUGUUUUUAUUAUAAUUUCGGAAAAGAUCGUUUCGUUUUGACUUCAUUCUAUUCUUCAAUUUAUCUUUAUAGGCGUAUGGCGUUAAAAGAUGGAGUGGAGCAAUUAUCAUCAGUUUUGCCAGACAUCUAUGGAACUCCAGCCAAACCAACAAAUGCAGCAAUUUUAGCGCGUGCUGCCGAUUAUAUUGAUGAGUUGACGAAGGAAAUCAGAGAUGGAAAUGAAAAGGUCAAAGAAAAGCAAAAACAAAUUGAAAAACUCAGCAAGAAAGUCUCUUCUCUGCAAGCGUCAUUGCCAUCUCAGUCAUCCAGCAGUGCUUCCUGUCCUUCAAAUCAAGGAACUUUGAUCCGACAAUAUGCAGACCGCUACAUUAAAGAAAAUUCGAAAGACCUUCGUUUCUGGAUGGUUGCUUCUAAUUUUUUAUUGACGAAAGUUAUAAAAAAGAUUUUAAUAUGA